ACUCGGCUCCGGCUCGGCUCUGUUCGGCCGGGCUCGGCUGAGGAGGCCCGUUGAACUAGGGCGGCUCGGGUGGGCAACCUAGCUUUCACGCAAGCUUUCCGGGCCUCAGCUCGGACUUGAGACGAUGGCGUCUCGCGCGGGGCCCCGGGCGGCUGGCACUGACGGCAGCGACUAUCGGCACCGGGAGCGCGUGGCCUCGCACUACCAGAUGAGUGUUACGUUCAAGACUGAGAUUAAGAGGCUGAUCUACAUUCAUAUAGGCCUGUGGCUCCUGUUAGCUGCCCAGAUGUGUGUGGGGCAUCUGAAGCUCCUGUCAUAUGAUCAAGUUGCUAUGCCCUACCAAUGGGAAUACCCCUACCUGCUGAGCAUCGUGCCCUCUGGCUUUGGCCUACUCUCAUUCCCCCGAAACAACAUAAGCUAUUUGGUGCUCUCCAUGAUCAGCACUGGGCUUUUCUCCAUUGCCCCUCUUAUCUAUGGCACCAUGGAGAUGUUUCCUGCCGCACAGCAGCUAUACCUCCAUGGCAAGGCAUACCGAGUCAUCUUUGGCAUUUCUGCUGUCGCUGUUAUGUACCUGGUGCUGGUAGUAGCUGUCCAGGUGCAUGCUUGGCAGCUCUACUACAGUAAGAAACUACUGGACUCUUGGUUCACCAGUACACAAGAGAAGAAGCGUAAAUGAGGAUUGUCAUAUGGACUAUGGGCUGUAAUUGGGGUUGGGGCUGGGGGAGGGGAGAGGGGAUGCUGGCCCUCAAAUUGAGAAGAGAGGGAGGGUAGAGGGACUGGUCCUGAAAUAUUCUCCACGCCACUGGCCUAAUACGGUUGACAGCUGGUGCACAUGAAGCUAAAAUUCCAGAAAACCUUUUUGAAAACUGCAUUUGAAAGGCUGUGUUGAUGUAGGGCUGGGAGUUGGAUGGGGCUCCCUUUGAUCAGGAUUGGAUGAUCCAAUGCUGUGGCUUGAGCCCCUGGGGUUUUGGCUUUUCUGGAUUCCUUUUAGAGAUGGAUUAUCCUUUUCUUCUCCUAUCUGUCAUCCAUUUUACUCCUUUCCAUCCCUCAACUCCUUUCCUAUAGCCAUGAAAACAAGCAGAGACUAAGCAGAAGCUGGUCAUGAAUCAGAUAACACACUUUUUGGGAAGGAAAUAUCUGUAGGCUCUGGUCUCUGACUCCAAGAAGCAUGGCUCAAAAAAGGAACUCAAUAAAAUUCAACCAUUACCUGA